UACACAUUGGAACGGGUUUUGUUCCAACAAGACAAGCCCAAGGGUUUUUUUGUUUGUUUACAGAUGAAUGAAUAAGAGUUUUGGAGAGUGUGCAACAGAGAGAGAGAGAGAGAGAGAGUUAAAACGGCCCGUGGAAGUGGGAGGUGGGAAAAGAGUUUCCUGUUGUUGGACAAGAUCAGUCAGGACAGAGCGAGCGAGCGAGCAGCACAAAGAGACAGAAAGUUCAGACCGAGAGAGAGAGAGAGAGAGAGAGCGAGGAGAAGAUGGGGUUAGCUGUGCUCCUGCUUGCUGCGUUGGCAUUGCCGUGCGUGUCCUGGGCUGAGACCGCAGGAAACAGCACCGCUCUCGGACAGGACCGGACCGCUCAGGAUAUCCAGAGUGACUGGGUGAGAGGGAGAGGAGACACUCCAGACAUCGAGGAGCCCGUGCCCGAGCCCGAGACCGAACCCGAACCCGAGCCCGAGCCCGAACCCGAGCCCGAGCCCGAGCCAGAACCCGAGCCCGAGCCCGAGCCCGAACCCACGGCUGCCGAAUCCGACUACGAGAGCAACUACAACUACUUGUUGUCCAGGCUGGCAGCGAUGGACCAGGCCAUCCAUAAGCUGAACGUGGGCCAUUACACGCUGGACGUGAAGGUGAGCCAGCUGCAGGACCGGUUGUUGCGGAUGGAGGGCAAAGUGGCCGACGUCGAGGACUCCAUCCACGACGUCUCGAACUUCUGCAAGGACAACCGCAAAGAAAUCGGCCGCCUGGAAGGUUGCGUUAAGGGCCGGAAAGUGGGCCAGAAGUGCUUCCUGGUGUACCGUGUGUACGACACCUACGUCGGCGCUUCUCAGAAAUGCCAGGAGCGCGGCGGACGCAUGGCGAUGCCGCGAGAUCGCCGUGAACAAGAGGCUCUGGCUGAGUACGUGAAGCUGGCGUUACCCGGUAGCAACUGGCCCGUGUGGCUGGGCAUCAACGACCUGCGCUCUGAGGGGCUCUACCUGUUCGACGACGGCACGCGCGUCACCUAUUUCCAGUGGCGGAAGCACUUCCUGUCCAGCCAACCCGACGGCGGGAAACGCGAGAACUGCGUCGCCAUGUCCUCCGACGACGGAGACUGGUGGGACAACUACUGCGACCGGCGCAUGUACUACCUGUGCGAGUUUGAGGCUUGACCUCUGACUCCGACGUGUUCCUGUAAUUAGGGGUGGAGCCCAAUGUCAUAUAACUCAAAUCUAAAAGGUGCAGUUUGUAAUGUUUUUCUCUCCAGCCUUCCUCCACAAACAACCGCCAGACAUCUGUUGAAACGACGUAUUUCCCGUGAGCCGAGCGGCUGUUUCCCAGCUGGGGGGCGGAGCUCAUUUCAGGGCCAGAAAUACAGUAUGUAAACCCAAGGCCUGAAACUAAUCAAUUGAACGUCUCACUUAUCCUUCGAUUAGUUCAAAACGACGUAGGAGUAUUAUUUUCUCGCCGCUGAAAUACGUGACACACUGUAGCUUUCUCUUCGAUGACGUCCUUAUUAUUAUUAUUAUUAUUAUUAUAGAAAGCCUUCUUUCUCACGCGUACCGUCACGUCCGUAAUAACGUCCCGCCUUCUACUUAGGGGACGUAGUUAAACGAGUACUUUUAACCGCUUCGUCGCUUCUUUACUUACAAUUUAACGCACAUGGAGUUAACGAUAAAAAGGUAUUCUCUGUUACAAACAAACAAAUAAACAAAUGAAAAGGGAAGUUCCUGACUACUCCGACCGGAUUCAAAGGAAACCUUCUUAUUUCAUCGGAAUCCCUUUCUGUACUAUUCAUUUCCACACUAUUUUAACGCGAUACGGUUUAUAAAUGUACCUGGUGUAUAUGUAUAUAAAUAUAUAUAUUUUAUAUAACGACCGGAUGCUUGUGGCGGUUUGGGGGGAAAAUAAAUAAAUAAACGGUCGGAUGUGGCUGCAUUCAAUAAAAGUCUAUAGUUUUUAGAUUAUUUCACAUCUUUUCUACAACUGUGGGAAUAGAAUUCCACUUUGUGAAGGGAUUUCCACACACACACACACACAUUUUUAUCUUUCAUAGUCAAUGAGCAUGAUGUUUUUCCUGUAGCGAGGGUUGAGCAAUAUUUCACUGGAAUUGUGGAUUAUACCGUAGCGUCCCAUUCCACUGGUAUGAGUAACAUUCGUCAAUGAUAUAAACAACGAUCCGCCUGAAAUCGAAUCGAUCUGAAACAUCUACAGACCUGUUUCUGUCAGAUACGCUCCCUCCGUAUCUGUCGGUACUUGACCCUUCUUUCACGUUAAAGCUGAAAAAGUUGAACCCGAGGAAAGCUUUCCUAGAAACGAUGACGGGACGGAACGGCGUACGUUGUUCAGCCGGAACGUUGAAAGCGCUGAACGAGGUUGAUUAUCUGGUUACAGUGGUACAUGUUGAGUAGGGGAUAUAUAUUUAUUAGGCAGCGAGUGAACGGUCAGUCCUCGAAGUCGACGUUUUGGAAGCAGGAAAAAUGGGCAAGCGUGAGGAUCCGAGCGAGUUUAACGAGGGCCGGAUUGUGACGGCUAGACGACUGGGUCGGGGCGUCUGUAGAAAACGGCAGGUCUUUUGCGUAGUCAUACAGUAGACGGCCGUGUGUGUGUGUGUGUGUGUGUGUACGUCGCUUACCUGGGGAAGACACGGCACCAAGAUGCACUACGUGAAGAAGGCGAGCCGGCGGAUGCGGUGUGAUGGUCUGGGCGAUGUUCUGCUGGGAAAACCUUGAGCCCUGGUACUCAUGUGGAGGUCACUUUGAUACGCAUCAUCUACCUAAACGAUUAUUAUUGCAGACCAAGUACACUCCUUCACGGCAGUGAUGAUGCACCCUGCAAAAAUAGUUCAGGAACGCUUUGAACAUGACUAAGAGCUCGGACUCCAAAUUCUCCAGAUCUCAAUCUGAUUGAGCGUCUGUUGGACGUUCUGGACAAACGAGUCCGAUCCACCGCGGCCCCACCUCUCAACUUCCAGGACUUAAAGGAUCUGCUGCUAACGUCUUGGUGCCAGAUACCACAGCACACCUUCAGAGGUCUCGUGGAGUCCGUGCCUCGACGGAUUGGAGCUGUUCUGGUCACACAGAGCACAUACUAGGCAGGUGGUUUUAAUGUUCCGGCUGAUCGGUGUGUAUUUCUAUCAUAAUAUAUUAAACUACGCUGAACACUGGACGAGAGAGGUGAACGAGAGAGGCUGACGGAAAAUGAAGGUUUCUUGGCAGCCGAGUUCUCCCGAGAACGGAGAAGAAAUUCCUCAAGAACAUUUGCCAUCACUUUGGAAUGCUGCGAACUAUGGAAACGACGGACAAACAGACGGGCGGACUGCGAGGUCACGACGAAAUCGCUGGCGUUAAUCGGUGAAAAUAAUUCCAGGAAUAGCACACAGAUUUAAGCAGCAGGGAUUUUCCAGACGCUUGUUUUCCAUCCAGGGGCUGAAUCCACUGGCGGACCCUCGGUUCACAUUCGGGGCUCUAGUGAUGUGUCGUUUGCCAUCGGGUCGACUCGUCUAGAGAGUCGACUCGCCUAGACGAGCCACCAGUUAGGAUAAAAGGAUCGAAUAAAAUGUCAUGAAACCAUUUCAGCCAUUAGAAGAUCAAAUCACUGAUCAGUGAGCCAUUUGGGAUCUGAACGACUGAGUCGACUCUUAUUGGUGAGUCAAAUGAACCGACUCCCUUGAAAAAAAAAAGGUCAGAAAUCCUCUUAUUAUUAUUAUUAUUAUUAUUAUUAUUAUUAUUAUUAUACCUUAUAUAGGAUGUUCUGGGGAUUAAUCCAAGCACUUUUUCAGCUGUCAGUGCCUUACACCCUUAUUAUUAUUAUUAUUAUUAUUAUUAUUAUUAUUAUUAUUAUUAAGUGAAUUGACUCAUUUCACUAAAAACAGAUUAUCACACUGGAUCAGUAGUAGACCUGACCGUAACAUCUAACGUGCACUCGUUAGAACCUUCUGCCUCAAUUUCCUUCAAGUCCGUGCUUCGAGUAAGCUUUGCAUCUAAAACGCAUUACAAUAUAAAAGAAACACAGCUUUGCAUCAACUCGACGUUUAUUCAUUUCCAGCGCUGCUUUGCGAAGCCUCGCGUAAUCGAUACGUCACGUUUCAUUCCUAAACACGCCCCGCUCUUUAAAAAUAAGCACUCAAAAGACCCUGACGUGGGGAAAAAAAAAAAAAAAGAGAA